AUGUGGGAAUCGGGGUAUUCAGAUUUGCCUGUCUGUCACACAAAUAUGGAAAGUGAUACAGCAAGCACCACUCCGUCAGAUGGCUCCAGAGAUUGUCUACAAGGAGUUCAGCCUUUGCACGGGAGAACAAGUGGACCCACAAGGCGUUCCACAAAGGGACAAUGGACUCCAGAAGAGGAUGAGAUACUGCGCAUGGCUGUUCAACGUUUCAAAGGAAAAAACUGGAAAAAGAUAGCGGAGUGUUUCAAGGACCGAACAGAUGUACAGUGCCUACACAGGUGGCAGAAGGUUCUUGAUCCAGAACUUGUCAAAGGUCCUUGGUCAAAAGAGGAGGAUGAAAUGAUAAUCCAUUGUGUGAACAAAUAUGGGCCAAAAAAGUGGUCCACCAUUUCAAAGCAUCUUCCUGGACGUAUUGGAAAGCAAUGUCGUGAAAGGUGGCACAAUCAUCUCAAUCCUGCCAUAAACAAAGAUGCUUGGACACAAGAAGAGGAAUUGGCUCUGAUUCAUGCCCAUCAAAUUUAUGGAAACAAGUGGGCAGAGUUAACAAAGUUCUUGCCUGGGAGGACCGAUAAUGCAAUAAAAAAUCAUUGGAACAGUUCUAUCAAAAAGAAAUUGGACACAUAUUUAUCAUCAGGCUUACUUUCACAGUACCAAGGUCCGCCUAUGGUCAGUCAUCGAAAUCAAUCAGCGGCAUCCUCUUCUUCAAAGGCACAACAGAGUAGUGAAGAUGAUACUGUUGUUAAAGACAGAGUAGAAAUGGAGGAAGCUUCUGAAUGCAGCCAAAGUUCAAAUCUGGCUGGUUUGUCUCAAUCUACAAAUGACAUGAUCAAUACAAUUAUACGUAAUAGAAAGGACUUUGGAGUCAGUGAAGAAUCCAAUCAUAAAAAAGAUCCAUGCUCCAGUUCAAUGACAUGUUCUGAAGAUUAUUGCCCUGCUUUACCAGACAUUACAUUUUCGAUGCGGGAAGUGCCUUUAGAAAUAAGUGACUCUUCAAAGUUUGUUGAACAUGACUUCCCUUUAGAUUGGGGGCCUUUUGCAGGGAAAGAUUGGCAGCUUAAUCCAAAUGAGCUACCGGACAUAUCUUUGCUGGAUCUGGGGCAAGAAGCAUCAGGACUACUCAAGCAAGCUAUAAAUGGCAGCAACAACCAUGAAAAUACAACCUUUCCACCAGAAGCUUCUAUGGAAUUGAAUGCUUCUACCGCCAUGCGGAACAUGGUUAUGAGUUCUGAUAUGCCUAAUCUUAUAAUUAACUCAGAUUGCAGGGUGAUGUACCCAGAAAGGGGACGUGAUGGAUGUUAUCCUGCUCAAAAUGUUUGCGGUGGCAUUGAUGGAUCUGUAGAUUCAUUAAUUCAUCAAUCUUCAAAUUUCACGAUCCCUGAAGAGGAAACUUUUGCUUCACAGUCUUGCUGUUCUACGAGUUCUGACAUGUUGGGAAGCUCAUUUAGUAAAACUUUCCCCGUUCCAAGUGAACUUCCUCCGGAAGAUGGUUUAGAUAUGUACAGUAUUGAUCCUUAUCAGUUGAAUGAUUCCUUACAUGGAAAUGUGGAGCAGGAGUAUGUUCUUCCAAGAAAACAUGAUGAUUUAAUCUAUUCCAAGGAGUCUGGUUGUUUUCCUUGUAAACAUGGAUCGGAGCAGGCAAACUGUUCACCAAAGCUAGUUCCAGUUAAUGAUUUUUCCUUAGCAUCAAAUGAUACUCAAGGCUGUUCUUCCAGGGACAAAGAUCCAGUUCUAAAAGAUGAACAGAAGGAUUGUGGAGCUUUGUUCUAUGAGCCUCCUCGCUUUCCAAGCUUGGAUCUUCCAUUCUUUAGUUGUGAUCUUAUUCAACCUGGCAGUGAUAUGCAGCAAGAGUACAGUCCACUUGGCAUCCGCCAACUGAUGCUCUCUUCCUUGAAUCCAUAUAAAUUGUGGGAUUCGCCAUCUAGGGACGAUAGUUCAGCUGCUCUUCUGAAAAGUGCUGCCAAAAAUUUUACAGGCACACCAUCUAUACUGAAAAAAAGACACCGCGAUCUGGUAUCUCCUCUGUCAGAAAACAGAUGUCAGAAGAAGCUUGAAAGUGACUUGAGGCAGGAAUCACUUUCCAACAUGUCAAAUGAAUUUUCUGGAUUAGAGGUCAUGUUUGAUGAAUGUGUAGACCAGAAAGGACAUAUGUUGUCAUCAUCUCCAGAUAACAGAAGAAACUCUGAAUCUAAAUGUGUAGAAAAAGAAAAUGUGAACCCUGAUCUUGAAGAGGGGAGGAAAGAGGGCAACAAAAGCGUUGUAAUUUCAGGAAGCAGAACGUUACAGAAAGAGUUAAACAGCAUUGAGGUUAUGAACAAGAUAAAAGAACAGAGUGCUGUUAUGGAUGUCAAAAAUAUGGCUGGAGGCAAUGAUUCGAUAAAAACUGUUAAAGAUUCUUCUGGAAUCCUUGUUGAAAAUGAUAUGAAUGACCUGCAAUUCUUUUCUCUGGACCAUUUCGCGACCAAGAGUGAUAAAGAAAUUGGCCCAAGUACUAGAAUUCCCGGAAAUAAAUAUUCUAUAAGAGCAGAUACAGUAUUAAAACAUGGGGAUAUCGUACCUUCAUCUGGGACUCAAUUUUUGUCUGUUGUUUGCUCUCCUCGAAUGUGUGCGAACAAGGAUGGCUCUAAUUUGGUCAUAACUACAUCCAUGCAAUCCACUAGUCCCUUGGCCAUUAAAGCUGAAAGUUCUAGCAAUGUAUUAGGUGUUGAAAACAAUAGCAUAUUUGUAGACACACCAUUGAAAAAGAGCUUUGAAUCUCCUUCAGCAUGGAGAUCCCCUUGGUUUAUCAACUCUUUUGUACCAGGGCCCAGAGUUGAUACAGAUAUAACAAUCGAGGACAUCGGCUAUCUUACGAGUCCAGGGGACCAAAGUUAUGAUGCCAUUGGGUUAAUGAGGCAGUUAGGCGAGCAGACAGCAGCUGCAUUGGCAGAUGCCCAGGAGAUUUUGGGAGAAGAAACUCCUCAAACAAUACUGAAGGAAAGAUGCUUAAAAAAACUGGAAGAAGAAAAGGAUAACAAUAGCUGUCCGACUGGCUCGACUUCAAAUGUCUUGACGGAGAGGCGCGCCCUUGAUUUUAGUGACUGCGGGACACCAGGGAAGGAAGCUGGAAAGUUGUCUAGCAGCAUUGUUUUAUCAAGUUCCUCUUCCCAUCUCUUGAAGAGUUUCAGUUGUCUGAAUUAUGUCGAAGAAUGUGGAGUUCUUAUUUUAAUUAUCUAUAAGUUGAAUUUUUCCUUAUAUGGAAAAGCGGAGCAGGAGUCUGUUCACAAAGGUGGUUGUUUUUGCUGUGAACAUAAAUCUGGGCGGGCAAACUGUUCACCGAAGCUAGUUCCUGUUAAUGAUUUUGUCUUAGCUUCAAAUGCUACUCAAAGCUGUUCUUCCAGGGACAAAGAUCCACUUCUAACAGAUGAACAAAAUGAUUGUAGUGCUUUAUUCUAUGACUCUCCUUGCUUUCCAUACCUGGAUAUUCCAUUUUUCAGUGGUAAUCUUGUUCAACCUGGCAGUGAUAUGCAGCAAGAGUAUAGUCCACUUGGCAUUAGCCAACUGAUGAUAUCUUCCUUGAAUCCAUUCAAAUGGUGGGAUUCGCCAUCUAGGGAAGAUAGUUCAGAUGCUGUUCUGAUAAGUAUUGCCAAAACUUUUACAGAUGCACCAUCUAUACUGAAAAAAAGACGCCACGAUUUGGUGUCUCCUCUGUCAGAAAACAAAAGUCAGAAGAAGCUUGAAAGUGACUUGAGGCAGGACUCACUUUCUAACCUGUCCAUUGAAUUUUCUGGAUUAGAGGCCUUGUUUGAAAAAGAAAAUGUGAUUCCUGAUUUUGAAGAGGGGAGAGAGGAGGGCAACAAAAGCUUUGUAAUUUCAGAAAGCAGAAUGCUACAGAAAGGGUUAAACAGCAGCGAGAGGCGCACCCUUGAUUUUAGUGAGUGUGGGACACCGGUGAAGGAAGCUGAAAAGUUGUCUAGCAGCAUUGGUUGCUCAAAUCCCUACCUCCACCUGGAGCUUCAUGUAAAAGGCGCUCAUGGCCGAGGCAUUGUGCUGUAA